AUGUUAAGUAAGUUAUUAUUCUUUUUGAUUUUUACAUGUUUUUUGUUUUUUUUAACUAAUUUUAACAAUGAUGCCAAAUGUUUUUAUAUACCUAAGGUACAUUGUGCCAAAUAUUUUUAUUUGAAAGAUACGAAUGAUGUAGCAGGCUACUCUGAUGGGUAUGAGCGAUACAUUCAAGAAAAAAAAAUGAAACAAUUAAAGAUGAAAUCAGAGAACAAGACAGUCAAACAGUUAAGAAUAACACCAAGAAUUGGGGCUAAUGAUUUACUAAUAAAAAUAAAUUCAGCAAAACAAUUUUUGAUAGGAAGGUAUCGGGUAAAAUUCAUUUUGACAUUAAAAGGAAGAGAAUAUACUAAUAUAGAAAAUGUAAAAAAAAUUUUCAACAAAAUAUCUGAAGAAUUAAAACCUUAUGGGAAUUCAGAAACAAUGCGGCAUAGUGGUAAUGUAGUUUCUCAAUUAUUUAACUUAAAAGCAAAAAAAAAAAAUUAA